GGUUGUGUACUGCUGAUUGUUUCUCAUAUUUCAAGAGUGGUCCUGCGGAGCGAUCUCCAUACGGACCACAGGGCGCUCUGGUCUGCGUGUGCCCGUCACUGGAACCAGGGAGGGUCACGCUUUAGCAGAUCUCCUCUCAUCUGUCUGCCUUUUUCACUUCACCAUCUUUGCUUCAGUCUGGGACAGAGUUAAAGUAACCGAAAAAAAGCAGUCUGCGUAAAUAUGUUCAGCCUCAAUCUGCGCUGCGCUGAAGAACAACACUGGAUUUAAAGUGUCCAACCUGACAACGGGAAGACUUUUCACCUGCCUUUUAUCAAAGAGUCUGUAUCGGCCCGAUGUCCUCAGUCGUAGCCCCAGAGAAGCCCACCCCCAACGCCAUGGUGCCCAAGGAGGUGGAGCUCAUCCUUGUGAAGGAGCAGAACGGGGUUCAGUUCACCUCCACCACCUUGGUGACCCCUCCUCAGACCAACGCCAGCGGGGAGGAGGAGAGGGAGACGUGGGGGAAGAAGAUCGACUUCCUCCUCUCCGUCAUAGGAUUUGCCGUGGACCUGGCCAACGUCUGGCGAUUCCCCUACCUCUGCUACAAGAACGGAGGAGGUGCCUUCCUGGUGCCGUACCUGUUCUUCAUGGUGAUCGCAGGCAUGCCCCUCUUCUAUAUGGAGCUGGCUGUGGGUCAGUACAACAGGGAGGGGGCGGCCGGAGUGUGGAAGAUUUGCCCCAUAUUUAAAGGUGUCGGCUUCACCGUCAUCCUGAUCUCCCUGUACGUGGGCUUCUACUACAACGUCAUCAUCUCCUGGGCCCUGUUCUACCUCUUCUCCUCGUUCUCCGGGGAGCUCCCCUGGGUGCACUGCAACAACACCUGGAACACCCCCAACUGCUCCGACUGGGCCGACAACAGCUCCGUCAGUGACAUUUACAAGGCCACGCCCGCUCAGGAAUACUUUGAGCGAGCGGUGCUCCACAUCCAGGACAGUAACGGUAUUGACGACCUGGGUCGACCACGCUGGCAGUUGACUUCCUGCUUAGCCGUGGUCAUCGUGCUUCUCUACUUCAGUCUCUGGAAGGGAGUCAAGACCUCCGGCAAGGUUGUGUGGAUCACAGCCACCAUGCCCUACGUGGUCCUGACUGUGCUGCUGCUCCGCGGGGUCACUCUGCCUGGAGCCAUCGAUGGCAUUAAGGCGUACCUCUCUGUGGACUUCCUGAGACUUUGCGAUGCCAAGGUCUGGAUCGAGGCAGCCACACAGAUCUGUUUCUCCCUGGGAGUGGGUUUUGGUGUGUUAAUUGCCUUUUCCAGCUACAACAAAUUCAGCAACAACUGUUACAGAGACGCCAUCAUCACCACCUCCAUCAACUCCUUAACCAGCUUCUUCUCUGGCUUCGUCGUCUUCUCCUUCCUUGGGUACAUGUCGUACAAGCACAACGUGGCCCUGGACAAGGUCGCCAGAGAUGGCGCCGGCUUGGUGUUCGUCAUUUACCCAGAAGCCAUUGCGACUUUGCCCGGGUCGUCUGUGUGGGCCGUGAUCUUCUUCAUCAUGCUGUUGACGCUGGGCAUUGACAGUGCUAUGGGAGGGAUGGAGUCUGUGAUAACAGGACUGAUCGAUGAAUUCAAGUUCCUACACAAGCACCGAGAGCUCUUCACGCUCUUCAUUGUUGUGGCCACCUUCCUCAUAUCCCUGUUCUGCGUUACAAAUGGUGGGAUGUACGUGUUUACUCUGCUGGACCACUUCGCGGCAGGAACAUCGAUUCUUUUUGGAGUGCUUAUUGAAGCCAUCGGCAUCGCGUGGUUCUAUGGGGUGGAUCGUUUCAGUGAUGACAUUGAGGAGAUGAUUGGCCAGCGACCAGGGAGGUACUGGAGGUUGUGCUGGAAGUUCGUCAGCCCCUGCUUCCUUUUGUUCAUGGUGGUUGUGAGCUUUGCCACGUUCAACCCUCCCAACUACGGCUCCUACAUGUUUCCCCCGUGGGCCAACAUGGUGGGAUGGUGUCUCGCCAUGUCCUCCAUGACCAUGGUGCCUCUCUAUGCCGUCUACAAGCUGUGCACGCUGCCUGGGAAGCUUUGCAACAGACUGGCUUAUGCCAUCACCCCAGAGACAGAACAUCACUUGAUUGAAAAUGGGGAGGUCCGGCAGUUCACUCUGCAGCACUGGCUGGUGGUCUGAAAACUACAGAGAGAGAGAAAGGGAGAGAGAGAGCGCUUGGGAAUGGGUGGAAUGAAUGCAUGCACAGCAAAAGUCUGACAAGUCAAGAAGGAAAAACGAGAAAUAGCCAUUUCAAAUCUUAUCAGUCAUAGUAGUGUUGGGAGACAACAUAGAAAACAACAUUUUCCACAGUGGGUGUGUGAAGCUGUGCAUUGACCCCCUCCACCAUUGUGUUAACACUGGUGAAUGGUAUUUAUCGAACAGGUCGUGUUCAUGUUCAUGGUCAACCUGCGACUGCCAUAAAUACAAAAUAAUAAUUAAAAAAAAACGUUCAUCCUGCUGCCAUGAGAAAUGUUCUCUGACUUUGUUGCAUUACUCAUUUGGAGAAACAACGAUGCAUCAAUCAUGUCAAAUGCACAGUGAAAGAAAAUACGACCACAUUAAGCAUUCACUUUGUUUGAGGUGCUACUCGCCUUAUGAGAAACAUUACUGCUGAAACGGAGCGCGGUUUGGUUUGCAUCGAUUGACGACACGCAUUGACAGCAGAAGUUCGACCAUGCCCAGUUCUGAUCAGCUCAAAUAACACUUGAUUGACUGAUGUUUUAUUUUUUUCAGGCUGUGAUUCAGAAUCUAUGACUGUCACAUUAAGUCCAGAAAAGCAUAAAGCUUUAAUUUUACUGUUUACAGAAUCUUUAGCAUUUCAAGACUGUUCAAAAAGCUGCUUUUUAUUGAACUGCAAAUGAAUGGUGUGUAAUAUAAUAACUAGAAUAUACAAAGUCCUUUCAGUUGUACAUGUGUGUAAGUAAAUGUGACGUAGCAGAGCUGUAUUGUAUUGUAGUGUAUGAUAUUGAAUAAAAAGACCAACGAGGCUAUAAAUACACACAUAUAUGUCUUAUUAUGGCUUAUUUGGGUUAUUGCUUUAAUGUCAAACUGAUACAUAUUAGCCUUGAGGUUAUGAUAAAAACUCAUAGAAACCUUCUGACAAAUUCUGUUGAACCCAGAGCCAUAAAGCCUGUUCAGAGCGGGUCAGCAGUGACCCGCUCUCACCUCGUGGUACAUGUGAGGGUUCUUACUGUAUGUCCCAUUCGUAUGCCUGUGCUGCUGUACUGUGGCUUGUGCUGUUUCAGACUUUGUUUUGUACUGUCGAAUAAAAUCCAAAUAAUUAAAUUAUUACUUUACAAACAUUA